UUGCAGCAUACCUCAAUUGUCUUCCAGUUUGAGACUGCAUAACAAUAUACCUAAAUCCCUAUAUAACCGAUUCCACCCUCCUUUUAAUCCACACAGAGCAUUCAAAUCCACCACCAUCAAUGCAUGACUCAAACUUCACCACCCUCAAUGCAUUAGACAAUGGCGCACCCUCACUCCAACCCCUCCUCCCCUACAUCAUCUCCAUCAUCUUCCUGGUCUUCCCACUAACAACCUACCUCCGCUCAUCCCCUCAACCUCCCCGAGGCUGCCGCCGCCUCGGCACCAGAAAGAGCAACAUCGCGGACGAAUACGACCCCCAGUACAGCGAGGGCUCCCCCAGCGACGCCAUCGACCCCCCGACCGGUCUCCCAGCAUGGCGCAUCAAAGCCCUGUUCAUCUACCCGAUCAAAAGCUGCAGAGGGAUCGAGCUCGACACGGCAGAGGUGAUCGACACCGGCCUAAAGUACGACCGACUCUUCUGCUUUGCCGAGUACAUCGAGGCGAAGCCGCCUGCACCAACCCCUGCACCCACCCCCUCAUCGCCCACCAAUGCCCAGGAUAACCCAAAAAGGGAAACCGGACACUGGACCGCGCGCACCCUGCGCGACCGCCACUUCUGCAACCUCGCCCUCGUGCGGCCGGAGCUCUGGGUCCCGGAUCCCACCAGCCCGGACUACUCGGCGUCCCUCCCCGAGGUGCAAUCCGAGGGCGUGCUGAUCAUCCACCACCCGCGCACGCUGCCCGCCCGCCUCGCCCGCCUGCCCCUCCUCCCAGCUCUGUUCCAGCUAGCCCUCACGCUGCGCCUGUGGCCCCGCGAGCAGUCCUUCCGCGUUCCGCUGACCCCCCCCUCCAGCACCCCCAGCCCCAAUGCGAAGACAACACGGAAAAACAACAACUACCCCCUCCACCCCCUCAAGAUCUGGAAAGACACGCCCCUCGCGCACGACUACGGCCACCACCUCCCAUCCUCCCUGCGCCGCUUCCUGGCCGACCCCAACACCACAACCCAAAAACCCCUCACGCUCUUCCGCGAAUCCGCCGCCCACCACCGCCAGAUCUUCCGGAACGCGCCCCCCAAGGACCAGCUGGGCUUCCAGACCGUCACCGGCUUCCAGGACGCGUACCCGCUCCACCUCCUCAACCUGGCCAGCGUCCGCGAUGUGGCUGCGCGGUGUCAGGCCGAGAUCCCCCGGCUGACGGUGAGGCGGUUCCGCGCGAAUGUGGUCGUGCAGGGGCCCGGGCGGUUUGAGGAGGAUGCGUGGCGGAGGGUGAGGGUUGGUUCUCAGGAGGGCGGUGGAGGUGAUGGGGUGGAGAUCCAUCUGGCGUGUCGGACGAUGCGGUGUCGGUUGCCGAAUGUCGAUCCGGACACCGGGGUGCGCCAUCGCGCGGAGCCGGAUCGCACGCUGAAGGCGUAUCGGCGGAUCGAUCGGGGGGAUCCCACGAAUGCGUGUCUGGGGAUGCAGUUGGUUCCUGCGGUUCGGAAUUUCACGCUUCGCGUCAAUGAUCCGAUCACGGUCCUCGAGACGGGCGAGCAUUGCUAUAUCAAAAUGUUGGCGCCUGGUGAGGUGGUUGAAGGGGUCUGAUCAAUUUCUGUGCAACAUUACGGUGGCGAAAGG